GGGAGGGGUGGGGUGGGGUGACGCUCCAGACACACGACGCCAGGGUUCGGGGAGGUCCUUCCUUUGGUUUGGUCCGCAGCAGUCAGUCUCAGUCAGUGAGUGGCUGCCGACACGGGGAGAGCAGGCCGCCCCCGGGACCACAUCGGCGGCGGAGAGCCGGCGGCAAAACGGCCCCUGUUUCAGGCCGCCCUCCUUCCCACCCCACCUCCAGGACCCGCCCCGCCUCGCCCCGCCCCGCCUCGCGCUCUCGGAAGAUGUCUGCAGCGGCUGAGGUUGAGGCGGGUCUGGCGGACGUGAGGCUCGGGCCCACAAGGCCCCGCAAGUCGGAGCCCCAGGCCCCGGCCCUUCUCAGUGUGGCCCCGACCGCCGGUCUGCGCGCAUCGCCAACAUGCCCCCCACCUUCGACCUGCGCGACGAGGACGACGACGACGACCAUGACUACCUCCGCGCCGGGGUCAGUGGCGACGGCGUGCGUGUGCUGAGGUCCGUCUCCGCCCCCGCGCCCACGCUCACGCCGCAGGCCUUCAGGUUGCCACCGCUCCGCCGCCGCCCAGCCGCGUCCAGAUCCACCCCCGCCAUGCUGCUGCGCCGCCCCCGCCGCUGGCUGCAGUUGUGCGCCGGCGUCAUCAUGGGGCUUGCCAUUGGGCUGCUCGUCGGCACUGCAACCAGGAUGCCGGACAUCGGGCGCCAGUGCUUCCCUCCUGACGGCGCCGUGCCCGCGCCGGGCUCCGGCCCCGCCGCCGCCGCCGCCCAGUCCGCGGGCUCGGGCUUCGGCUUUGGCUUCGGCUACGGCCCCGGGUCGGAGCGGUGGACGUCGCCGCCCAGCCCGCCCGGCUACGGCGACGACCACGACCCCCUGCACCUCCUGGAGCCCGACAGCAAGCCCGGCGGCCGGCGCAGCCUCGUCAUGGUGGGCGUCAUGACGGCCGACAAGUACCUGCCGACGCGCGCGGCCGCCGUCUGGGACACGUGGGGCAAGGAGCUGCCGGGGGGCAUCGCCUUCUUCUCGGCCAGCUACUCGCGGCCGCCGCCCAACCGCCCAGACCUGCCCCUCGUCGCGCUCAAGGGGGUGGACGACUCGUACCCGCCGCAGAAGAAGUCAUUCCGCAUGAUCGAGUACCUGUGGGAGCAAUACGGCGACCACUUCGAGUGGUUCCUGCGUGCGGAUGACGACGUCUACGUGCGCCCUGACAAGCUCGAGAAGCUUCUCCGUUCGGUCGACAGUUCGAAGCCCCAGUUCAUCGGACAGGCUGGACGCGGCAACCAGGAGGAGUUUGGCCUGCUGUCGCUCGAGUUCGACGAAAACUUCUGCAUGGGCGGACCGGGGGUGCUCUUCAGCCGCGAGACGCUGUCCCGCGUCGCCCCGCACGUCAAGCAUUGCCUCAAGAACUUGUACACGACGCACGAGGACGUGGAGUUGGGCCGAUGCGUGCAGCGCUUCGCCGGCAUCCCUUGCACCUGGUCGUACGAGAUGCAGAACAUCCUGUACCACAACUCGAGCGGCAACGACGCCUUCACGGGCAACCUGAAGCACCGCGAAGUUCAUCGCGCCAUCACCCUCCAUCCCAUCAAGCAGUACCGCCACCUGUACCGCGUGCACAACUACCUGGGGCAACUCAAGAUCCAGGACUCCUGGCAGCAGGCGCUGUCCCUGCACCGCGACAUAGUGGCCAUGCUGCAGCUGCUGGGCCAGGACCCCGCCCACGCCGACGACGCGCAGCUGGCCCAGAACGUGCCGCUGUUUCACGCCAAGCGCGGCGACAGGGACUACCUCGGCGACUCGGCGCUGCUCGGGAAGCCGCCGGGUCUGAACAAGUCCCGGCCGCGGCGCGAGGCGGAGGUGCUGCCGUGGGACUUCAUCUCGCGCUCGCUGUUCUCGGCGGGGCACGCCAACCCUCGGCGGCGCAUCGAGUCGGCACUGCGCGAGGGCAUGGACGACGUGGUGCGCGAGGUCAUGGACAUGAUCAACGCCUUCUCCAAGCAGCGCGGCCGCGUCAUCGAGUACCGCGAGAUCCUCUACGGCUACCACCGCCUCGACCCCGUCUACGGCGCCGACUACAUCCUCGACCUGCUCCUCGUGUACAAGAAGUACCGCGGCAAGAAGAUGACGGUGCCCGUGCGGAGGCACGCCUAUCUGCAGCAGCAGUUCACCGGCCUGGAGAUCCGCGAGACGGUGGAGGGCGAGGAGGUCGGGCGGCAGCCGCCCCCGGACCUCACCCAGUCCGAGGACGGCGACGACGCCCCGCCGCAGCCGGGGUCCUCCUUCCGCGAGGCGUUCGAGAGCGGACUGCUGCGCAUCGGCGACGCCCUGCCGUCCAUCCUGGGCCGCGACGGCCGCGACGAGGAGGCCCGCGACGAGGCCAGCGUCAGGCGCAAGAUGAUCAACUUUAUCCUCCCCCUGGCCGGCCGCUUCUCCACCUUUUCACGCUUUAUAUCGGUUUUUGAAGAGGAGUGUCUGAUGAACGCGGAGCAGGUGGCGCUGUUCGUCAUCCUGUUCCCCAGCGAGCAGGAGGUGUCCGUCAACGAGACCGUGUCCCUGAUGAGCUCUCUGCAGCGGCGCUGGCCGCAGCACCGCCUCGCCGUCGUGCCCGUCUUCGACAGCUUCGCGCGCGCCCUGGCGCUGGAGAUCGGCGCCGCCCAGGUGAAGGACGGCGAGGAGGACCUGCUCUUCUUCGUGGACGUGGACAUGGUGUUCAACAGGGCGACGCUGGAGCGCAUCCGCGUCAACACGAUCCGAGGCCGCCAGGCCUACUUCCCCAUCGUGUUUAGCGAGUUCGAGCCCGCCACCGUGUACCGCGACCAGGGACUCUCCGUCGCACCCAACCACUUCCUCAUCAACCAGGACACCGGCUACUGGCGGCAGUACGGCUUCGGCAUCGUCAGUCUGUACAAGAGUGACCUGCGCAGGGUGGGCGGCUUCGACACAUCCAUCCGCGGCUGGGGCAAGGAAGACGUCGACCUGUACGACAAGUUUGUCGCGUCCAUGGCGGCCAACAACGUCUCCGUGUUCCGCGCCGCCGACCCCAACCUGGUGCACGUCUUCCACAUCGUGGACUGCGACCCCAACCUGGAGGCGUCGCAACUCAAGAUGUGCAAGGGGACGCGCGCCGACACCCUGGGCGGCGUGAGUCAGCUUGCGCAGGGCGUCUACGCACAGGGCAGGGCCAUCCUAGACUUCGCGAAAAAGAGAAGAGCUGCUGCCCCUGCGGCCAGCGCGGCUGGCGCCGGAGGCACCGGGAGCUGACGCGGAGCUGAAGUAAAAGCUGACACGCUGCCGUCGUAUACUUAAUUGCUUCCUGUGGAAGCACUGUGAUGUGAUAACUCGUACAAACGCUGACUGACUGGACUGCCAAAGCUGCAGUGCGGCCGCGGCGGCCCUGCCUUCGUGAGGCGAAAAGCAAACUUAUGAACGAUGUGUGAUAAUGCUAAUUUUCAGUCCACAGACAGCAGUCGCAAAAUUUGUUAGUUGUAAGGAAAUAGGCUAUCCAAGUGCGAUCGAGUGCGAUUGUAGUGUAAAUAUCAGGGGUUGAGUAAAGUAGUUCAUGCCAUUGACUUUCAAUGCGAGGUAAAUCGUAUUACCGAUUGUCAUCACAAUGUAGCCGCUGGUUCGGACUGCUUGCACGUUUACUUGUUUCUAGUCGUUGGCGUGUAACAUUUUAUCUUCCAACAUAAUGUAUACAUGAGGUUGUGAUGAGUUUCAUAUAUAAUUUAUGAAAAUUCUAUCAAAUAUACUUAAGCAGGGAAGUACAAGACUAGUGUAAAUAAUAAGUGUAAUAGUUGUAUUGUGAAGUUUCUCAAGACGGACGACUUAUUUCCACUUUACACGCUGUGAUAUUUUAAUUGUAUGUCAUUUUGAAAGAAAUUUGAGAUUAUAAGGUGAGCUUUCCUUGUCUCUGAAUUCAAAUGUAGGUGAUGUGCCGCUAUGUGGAUACAGUUGUAUAGAAUAAACAUAUUGUCCAAUCUUA